UCCUUCUUCAUAACUAAUUCCAUUUUUUUCUUAUUUUGCACGAAAUUACCAUGGCUUAUAAAGGGCUCCCAAACUUUGUGUUACCAUUUAUGGUUCUCACUUAUUCUUUCUUUAUCAGCAGCACAAUAGUGGUUGAGGCCCGGCAGUUGCUAGACUCUACUUCAAGCUUUCCAAAGGUUCCUCAGCUUCCAAAACCUGAACUUCCUAAAUUGCCUGCGCUGCCAAAGUUUGAAAUUCCUAAGGUUCCUGAAGCCCCUAAAUUGCCCGAGACACCUCAUGAGUUGCCAAAGCCUGAAAUUUCUAAGCUUCCUGAAGUGCCAAAACCCAAAGCCCCAAAGCUGCCUGAGACGCCUCAUGAGCUUCCAAAGCCUGAAAUUCCAAAGGUUCCUGAAAUGCCAAAACCAGAAGUCCCAAAGUUUCCCGUACUCCCUAAAGUUCCUGAACUACCGAAGCCUGAACUUCCUAAGUUGCAUGGACCGACUCAUGGUAAUCUACCUAAAGCACCUGAAGUAUCUCCACAACAGUUGCCUAAGCUUGAAGCCCCUAAGGUACCUGAAUUGCCAAAAUUUGUAGCUCCUAAAGUGCCAGAAUUGCCAAAACUCGAAGCUCCUAAGUUGCCUAUAUUGCCCCAUGAACUAUCUAAGCACGAGCUACCAAAAUUACCUGAACUCCAUCAUGAGCUGCCUAAGCCCGUAUUGCCAACCAUUCCAGAAAUCCCUAAACACAACUCCAUUCCAACCCUCAGUAAUCCACCUGAGACCACUAAGCCUUAAACAUUUUAUGCAGUGCUGCUUUCUGGUGCUGAUAUGUAUACAGGUAUAUAGAUCAUCACAUCAUAUUUUUCAAUACAUCUACGGUUACGGAUGGCUGGAUUUAAGCUUCGCAAUACGUGUGUGUCGUUUUCUUAUUAUGCAACUCUAGCUAGCUAUAGGACUAUGAUGUCCUUUCAUACAUAAUUACUAUUUAUUAUCAAUGAUGUAUACUUCUGAUUGAUCAAUUAAUAUUGGAAGUUUCUAUUGGUUCCAUUCAA